UAGACACAGAGCACUCCUGUGUCUCUCUAACUUGUUUUACUAUACGUGAGCCACCACCUGAAGCUGCAGCAGCAACAUGGCAACUGAGAAGGCUUUCACUAAAGGAUGUGCUGCACCUGGUCCAGUCCCUAAAGACUCCAUCAGGAUUUACAGCAUGAGAUUCUGCCCAUUUGCCCAGAGAACCAGAUUGGUCCUGCACGCCAAAGGAAUCAAACAUGAAACCAUCAACAUUAACCUGAAGGACAAACCUGAGUGGUACUUUUCUAAGAAUCCUUCCGGCAGUGUACCAACACUGGAGACCCCUGCUGGUGAGGUGAUAUGUGAGUCUCUCAUCACCUGUGACUACCUGGAUGAAGUUUACCCAGGGAAGCAGCUGCUUCCUUCCUCUCCCUAUGGAAAAGCUCAGCAGAAAAUGAGGCUGGAGCAUUUUUCCAAGGUGGUACCGUACAUAUUCAACAUCCCAAUGGGGAGAAGAAAAGGCGAGGACGUCUCAGGACUGGAAGCUGAAAUGAAAGAAAAGUUGGCUAAGUUUGACAAGGACCUGGUUGACAAGAAGACAAAGUUCUUUGGCGGCAACUCCAUCACGAUGAUCGACUACAUGAUGUGGCCAUUUAUGGCAAGGAUGGCUGCCUUUGACUUACAACACUGCCUUGAUCACACACCUGCACUGAAGAAAUGGAUGGAGCACAUGUCCGAAGACCCGAGUGUCAAAGAAACCACGCACGAUGUGGACACCUACAAAACCUUUUACAAGAGCUACCACGAGGGGAAACCCAACUUUGACUAUGGCCUGUAGAAGAAACCGACAGAAACCCUCAAAACUGUCUAUUUAUAUCUAUGUUUUUUGGUUAUAGUUAUUCAUGUAUGACUUUUAUUUAGUGGUAAUCAGGCUUUAAUUAAACAUGUUGAUUUCAGGGAUAAUUUGACAAAUGUUUAUGUUUUUGGAAAUGAUGUACGGUAAUUGAAUAAUUCCAGAUGUUUUCAAUGACCAGUUUCAAAACGUGGCACUUGUUCUAAUAAAUGAAUCAACC